UCGAAAUUUAUUUAUACAAACAUUAUUUUAUCUUUCUUAACAUUUAGUAAGUAGAAAUAGAAUGAUGUAAGAACUACUAUACUAUACUAUAUCUUCUUACAUCAUAGAUAGAAUGUCACUUGGUCGACUGCAUGAUUUCUUCGUCAUGCAAGAUAUAUUUAUGUAGAUAUAUGUAAAUGGAAAGUAUCCAUGCACAACAUUACAACAUAACCUUAUCAGUAUGACAGCAUUGACAGCCGCAUGGUCCGUUAUUUAUUCGCAUAUGUUGCAAACAAAAAUAGAGGAUGGAUCACGAGGAUGAGUUCCUUAAUGCCUUCUUCACACAAGUCGCUCAAUUAUGCUCCGAUAAGGCUAAGGAAACAGUUGAGAAAGAAAGGGAAUCAUGUAAGCAGAUGCAAAUGGGUCCAUGGGGAAUGCUCCUGUUGCAUUUACCACAGAUAGCUGUUGUAGAGCGUUCAUAUGCGGAUUUAGGUUUUCUCAAUACUAAAAAUAAAGGUUUUCUUAGGAAGGAUAAUUCUUUAAAGACUGUCUAUGAAUCACUGAAGUCUGAUUUGAAAAGAUUAGAGGAAAUGACUAAGGGAACGAAUUCCAUUGGUACGACAGUCGCAAAUGUUUCCAGUCAGCUCUGUCAGUUCAUCACGGCAAGAAUCCAGCUGAUAGAUUUCUAUGAAAGAAUGUACAAUAUGAGUGUAAAUAGCAAAGUUAUGAAGCAUCAAGAAUUGCUGCAGUAUAUAGAAGGAAUAGUAAAAUGCUAUUUGUUAUCCUGUUCUCAUUUGGCAUUAACUGCUAUCAAAACAAGUUUAACAUUAGAAUGUGAAAUACUAGUACAAUUAAUGAAAGCACAAGUCGAAGUUCAAAAUUGGAGAUUUUUACCAACCCUGAUGGCACUCUAUGGAGCGCAAACGCGAAUGUCAGCUUGGGAAAGAACUCUGCAGAGCAAGGAGUCCUGGAAAUUAGGUUUUGGUGCGACAUUUCUUAAGGCAAAUCAACAACCAGCGCUGUACCAAUGGCUGAUGAAACUCCGCAGUGCCAUAUUAGCCAAAUGUUCUCUGUACUUCCACACUACUUUAAGCCAACAAGCUAGUCCAGGGGAAAUGAGGAGUAUUAUGAGCAAACAGAGUAUAGAUUACUAUCAUAAGAUACAGAGUUUUCAGCGAAAAUACGAUAUACUAGCGGUAUUGAUAAUCUUCGACUCCAGAGAAACUGAAAAUUCAGGUUCUGGAUACAGACAUCCAGGAAGAGGAGCAAACUCUUUUGAGAGUUUUCCCGUUGUUGUUUGUUGUCCUAGUACAUUCACACAGAAACCAUCGGUACACUUGGAUAAUAUCCAGACCAAGAUAAAGGAACGGCACGUCGAACUUCUUGCUAUGGACAAAGUGAUUUGCCAUAAAAGUAUGAAGGAUUCGUGUACAUAUUCUUUCCACAACACCGAUCCCACAAUGACUCUCGUGAUUGUAUUUGAAAACGGGAAACAAAAGGAUAAAGAAACACACAUCACAUCGUUUAUGAUGGACCUUUCUAUGCAAAUUAGAUGCAAUAAGGUUUAUGAAUGUCUUAAAUUAUCAAAAUGAGUAUUUGCGCGAUGAAUAAAUAAAUAUCAAGUUAUGCCAAAGAUCUAAUUACGUUUAUAAUAAAAAAUUCAUUAAUAUAAAUUUAUCGA